AGGGAGAGGGAGAGAGCGAGAGCGAGAAAAGAAAAAACCUCAUAUCCUCGGCGAUCCUUUGUGCGGCUCUAUGUGUGUGUGUGCGGCAAGCAAAUAAAUGCUUUUGCAACGCUUUUUUAGCCAUUUUAUCUCGAGUCGAAAUACUGUAAAAAAUUGUAAAAUGGAUUUACGUUUCGUAUUCAUCGUUAUACUGCUGAAGUGGACCUAUGCACAAGGCUCACAUCCGCCGCGAAUAGUGGAACACCCCAUAGAUACGACCGUGCCGCGACACGAGCCCGCAACGCUUAAUUGCAAGGCAGAGGGCUCGCCCACGCCCACAAUUCAGUGGUACAAGGAUGGCGUACCACUCAAGAUACUGCCCGGAUCGCACCGCAUCACCCUGCCGGCGGGCGGAUUGUUUUUCCUCAAGGUUGUCAAUUCACGUCGCGAAACAGAUGCUGGCGUCUACUGGUGCGAGGCCAAGAACGAGCUGGGCGUGGCACGGAGUCGCAAUGCGACGCUGCAAGUGGCGGUGCUGCGCGAUGAGUUUCGCCUGGAGCCACAGAACACGCGCAUCGCACAGGGUGACACAGCGCUGCUGGAGUGUGCUGCGCCGCGGGGCAUACCGGAACCGACGGUCACGUGGAAGAAGGGCGGCCAGAAAUUGGAUUUGGAGGGCACGAAGCGUAUACGCAUCGUUGAUGGCGGCAAUUUGGCCAUACAGGAUGCACGUCAAAGUGACGAGGGUCAAUACCAGUGCAUUGCCAAGAAUCCGGUCGGUGUGCGCGAAUCAUCCCUGGCCACGCUCAAAGUACAUGUUAAGCCCUACAUCAUACGCGGACCACAUGAUCAAACGGUUCUCGAAGGCGCCUCCGUCACAUUUCCCUGCCGUGUGGGCGGGGAUCCCAUGCCGGAUGUGCUAUGGCUGCGCACAGCCUCCGGCGGCAACAUGCCCCUAGACCGUGUCAGCGUCCUGGAGGAUCGCAGCCUGCGCCUGGAGCGAGUCACAAUUGCGGAUGAGGGCGAAUACAGCUGCGAAGCCGAUAAUGUGGUCGGCGCCAUUACAGCAAUGGGCACCCUGACGGUGUUUGCACCCCCGAAAUUCAUACAACGACCCGCCAGCAAAUCAGUUGAGCUCGGAGCGGACACCUCGUUCGAGUGCCGUGCCUCGGGCAAUCCAAAGCCCACCAUAUUCUGGACAAUCAAGAACAACAGCACGCUGAUCUUUCCCGGGGCACCGCCACUGGAUCGCUUUCACAGCCUGAACACCGAGGAGGGGCACUCGAUCUUGACAUUGACGCGCUUCCAGCGCACCGACAAGGAUCUGGUCAUCCUGUGCAACGCCAUGAACGAGGUGGCUAGCAUCACGUCGCGGGUGCAGCUCACUCUCGACUCGCAGGAGGAUCGGCCGCCGCCGAUAAUCAUCGCGGGACCCGUGAACCAAACGCUGCCCGUCAAGAGUCUGGCCACGCUGCAGUGCAAGGCGAUUGGCCUGCCCAAUCCGACGAUCUCCUGGUACCGCGAUGGCAUCCCCGUGCAGCCCAGUGCCAAGCUGAACAUCACGACUGCCGGAGAUCUGAUUAUAUCCGACCUGGACCGGCAGCAGGAUCAGGGCCUCUACACCUGCGUGGCCAGCUCGCGGGCCGGCAAGUCCACCUGGAGCGGCUUCCUGCGCAUCGAGCUGCCCACCAACCCGAACAUCAAGUUCUAUCGCGCGCCCGAGCAGAGCAAGUGCCCCUCUGCCCCCGGUCAGCCGACAGUGCUGAAUGCCACUGCCUCAGCCAUGACAAUCGUGUGGCCCACGAGCGACAAGUUGGGCGCCUCGCCCUUCCUCGGCUACAGCGUGGAGAUGUACUGCACGAACAAGAGCAAGACCUGGAUCCCCAUUGCCAGCAGGCUGAGCGAGCCCAUUGUGACAGUGGAGCGGCUGGAGGCGGGCGCCGCCUACAUGUUCAUUGUGCGCGCCGAGAACGCGCUCGGCUUCUCGCCCCCCUCGCCCAUCUCGGAGCCAAUCACAGCCGGGCAGCUGGUGGGCGCCAGCUCCUCCAGCUCGGCCAGCUCGCAGCUGAUGCUCAGCGAUGUGGAGACGCUGCUGCAGGCGAACGACAUUGUCGAGCUGCUCGAGGCGAAUGCCAGCGACUCGACCUCCGUUCGGCUGGCCUGGGACAUUGACAGCGGCCAGUACAUCGAGGGCUACUAUCUGUACGCCAGAGAGCUGCGCUCCUCGGAGUACAAGAUGCUGACGCUGCUCAACAAGGGGCAGGGGCUGAGCUCGUGCACGGUGCCCGGUCUGGCGAAGGCUUCUACGUAUGAGUUUUUUCUUGUGCCAUUUUACAAGAGCGUCGUAGGCAAACCCUCCAACUCGAGACAGGCUCGCACCAUGGAAGAUGUGCCCGAGGCGCCGCCGUUCGGCAUGGAGGCCAUCCAAUUUAAUCGCACCUCCGUCUUCCUCAAAUGGCUUGCGCCACAGCCGAAUCGCACGCACAACGGCGUUCUCACCAGCUACAAUGUGCUCGUGAAAGGUCUGGACGUGCACAAUACGACGCGUAUAUUCAAAAAUAUGACCAUCGAUGCGGCGACCCCGACUCUCCUGCUGGCCAACCUCACCACGGGCGUCACCUACUACAUAGCCGUGGCGGCGGCCACACGCGUGGGCGUCGGGCCCUUCAGCAAGCCGGCUGUGCUGCGCAUCGAUGCGCGGACCCAAUCGCUGGACACCGGCUAUACACGCAGCUAUCCCAUCAGUCGUGAUAUAGCCGAUGACUUUUUAACGCAGACCUGGUUUAUCGUCCUGCUGGGCUCCAUCAUAGCCAUAAUUGUGUUUCUAUUGGGCGCAUUGGUUCUAUUCAAGCGCUAUCAAUUUAUCAAGCAGACCUCGCUGGGCAGCUUACAUGGUAAUCACGCAAUCGGCACCGUGCGAAAGUUUCCAACGCUUCCGAUGAAUGGCGCCGGAGCAGGAGUUGGCGGCGUCGGCGGCUGCGGCGGUGUUGGUGGUGGCAACUCUGUUGGCGUUGGCUGUGGCGCUGGUGGCAAUUCAGGUGGCUCCAGUGGCCUCUGGAUCGAUCCCAGCGGCGGCGUUUGGCGACAGGCGGGCUCCGGCUCCACGACAAAGGACCAACUUCCGGGCUAUGCCCAGGCCACAGCGCAACAAGGCGGACAGCCGAGACAACAACAAGGACAAUCAAAUACCCAACAGCCGCUGCCUGACUAUGAGAGACUGUCCCCGCUGAAUAUGCCGGACUAUGCGGAAGUGGCCUGCUCGACAUUCAAAAGCCCCCACAACAACAAUGCAGCGCCGGCUUCCGGUGGCUCGUCGCUGUACGAUAGCUGCGGCGCGUAUGCGACAACGAAUGUGGUGGCCAAUGUGAAGCUCUACCAGAACCGCUAUGCCACAAAGCCGGCCAGCGGCAGCAAUGGAGGCAACACUGAUUACCAAUCGGCGGGCAUGUACUCGGCGCCGGCCAGCGCGCAUUACGGGUGCCUGGAGGCCAAUCCAAUGACCAUAUCGACGGCCUCGACGGCUCUGGUGGGCAACUCGCCGGCCAAGCUGAAGAAGAUCAAUAUCACCGAGAACAAGCUGGAGCAGCAGCUGCAGCAGAACGAGACGGCGACGAUGAAGACGACGACGACGAUGCCGAAGACGGAGCGCACGAAUCCCUUCAAUCAGCAGCAGCAGCUGCUGCUCGCCAGCAACGCCCUGAAGCAGGGCCUGGGCGCCUAUGCGAACACCACGCUGGCGGCUCAAAUAGCCAGCGGCGGUGGGGCCGGCACGCUGAGGCGCCAGCGUCAGCCGAAGACGCUCUUCAAGAGCGAGAACAACAUCCUGGGCAAGUCGAGCAGGCAGCAGCCAGCAAACAACGUGGACUAUCUAACCGGCGGACCGCCAGCAUCGUCGGCCACUGGAGCCGAUCAAUUGGACGCCGACUUCUCGGCCCUGUGCAAUUCGACGAAUCAGCUGCUCAACGACUGGAGCUCCAAUGACUUCCAUCACUUCGGCAGCAAGCAGCCCAGCAAGCAGCAUCUGUAUGUCAAGGCCAAGGAUGGCACCUGGUCCGCGGUCAGCUCCGAUGCCUAUCAGACCUUCAAGCAGCAGCAGCAGCAACAACAGCAGCAGCAGCAAUUCCAUGGCGGCUCAGGUGACAACAAGCUGCCCCUGCUGAUAGCCAAUCCCGCCCAUAGCUCGAGUAGCCUAGCGUCUGAUAGCAAAUUCCUGAGUAGCUUCGGCACCAGCGCCAAUGUCUAAGCACCUAUACAUAUAUCUAUGCAUAUAUAUAUAUAUAUAUCGGAAGGGGAUUAUCUAGAGAAAUCCCUUGAGUUGUGUUUUUGCUCAGUAGACUUAAGUGAAAGGCUUGAAACGAAAGUUGUGAACUGCAUUUGGGUAAGAGCUGGCUGAGGGCAAGCUACAUUAUACAUUACAUUAUAGGUGUUGGACUACAAAAAGGGUUAGUGAGAGUGUCAGAGAGGGAGGGGGAGAAAGAGAGAGUGAAAUAUCUGUAAUUGUAAGAGAAGACAACUUAACAGAACUGGGAACAUGUUAAAGUGAAUGAGAUUCCAAUCAGUGAGCAAGUUAAAAGUGAACUGUUAAAUAACAUGGACUACAGUGAAUAUAAAGGGAAGAUCAGAGUUAGCUGAAUUUGAAAAGCUCAAGAGACAUCAAAAAGUGCACAUGAAGCCAGAAUCUCAAUUCGCUGCAGAAAACUUGCUGUUAAUAUAACGCUUAUAGACUAUGCAAUGAUAACAGAGUUUUGGAAUGUUAAAGUCACUCCAUUGUUAACAGUAUUAGCCGCUGCAAGAGAGCUUUGGAAUGUAAACAGUCUCUAAUAGCAGUUCAUAUUCCAAAGUCUCUGUUGUCGAUAACAUUGCAAACAGACUUAAGUGAAUUGCGCAAUGUUAAGUUAACAGUGAAACAGGCAAACUGUGAAGCUAACAACUGAACAGAAACUGGAGGCUAACAUAGUCUGUAAUGCGAAUAGCCUGCGCUGGAUGGGGUAAUAUCUGUUAACAGCCAAACAAAUUGUACAGUGCGCAAUGCUUGACGAAGAGCUUGGUAUGUUAAUUUAUACUAAUUAUAGCUGUGCAUUUUUAUGUUAACUCAGAGUUGAGAUUUAAAAGAAUAUCGAUUAAUGCUUAACUUUUACUUUUACAUCUUUCCAAUCCAUGGAACUCUACAGGCUUUAAGCUAUCCGCAUUCUAGAAUCUCACAGACUAGCUAAACAUAAAUUGCAAAUCAAUCAAUAUAGUUUGCACACCCACAUAAAUAGUUUGCACUCACAGAACUCCCAUAGAUAAACCUAAAAACUCUUUAGUAAAUCCCAAAUCAACUUAAGAGUAGCUAACGCCCGCUAGACUAGAUAAACCCGUAAUGCCAGUUCGAUUUCCACAACAACGAAAAGGUGAGUGUGUCAUAUAUGA